AGUAUGAAAUUGAGUUCUGUGUAGUUAAGUCGGAAUAUUUCGUAUAGUUCUCGUCGACUGUCGUGUGACAUUUGUUCUUCAAUUCAGAAACGCAUAUUGAAACACAGCGAUAAUACAAAUUACGAAUAUUCAAUAUAAAAUAAAGAAAAACCAAAACAAAAGAAAACCAACCAAUUAAAUUAAAAUUCAAAUUCAAAUUCGCUUCAAAAAUAUAUUACAAAUAUAACAACCAAUUUAAUCAAAUCAAAUUCGCCACCAAAUCGCAAACAAAGUUUACAAAAUUCGAUUACUCAAUCCCAUAACACAAAACAAGCUACAACUAAUUCAAAAAUAUAUAACUGUUAAAUCUAAACGAGCAGAAAAAUCAGAGAGAGAAGGAAAAGCAGAAAAGAGAUAGAGAAGUACACGCGUGUGUUUAAAUACUGGAAAAUACAGAUAAGAUAAAUUAUUAUAAACACUAAGCCAUACACACAUUAUAGCAGGCUAACCACACGAGAAUACAUUAAAAUCAAUAAGUAACAAGUACAGAGAAGACAGUUCAAGUGAAAACAGAAAAACAGAAACGAAACUUUAAAAAAGUGCUUAAAAAUAACCAAAACAAAAACUUAGACAAAUAAACAACGGCCAUUUUCCAGAGGAAGAAACCCUAAAAAAGCUUCCAGCAGAAUCGGUGAAAAUCGUUAUAAAAUUUUUUCUCGCAAAGGCGCCACGUCCAAGAGCAAAUCGUUCCAUAUGGUUCAUAUUAUUGAAUUGGUCGGCCAGCCGAAGGUUGAGUUUGCUCAACAAGUUACUGUAAGUUGCCAUCAUCCAUUAAUACCACCAGCCAUCAAAUUAAUGAACCGUGCUUUACAGCUGAAGCCAGCUGAAAAUGAAAGUCGCAGCGAGCAUUUAGAUCGCAAGCUGUUCGUUGGCAUGCUCAGCAAACAACAGACCGAAGACGAUGUUAGACAAAUCUUCCAUCCGUUCGGCACUAUAGAGGAGUGCACCAUUCUUCGCGGCCCGGACGGUGCUAGUAAAGGCUGCGCUUUCGUCAAAUUUGGUUCGCAGCAGGAGGCCCAGUCAGCAAUAACCAACCUACACGGAAGUCAAACUAUGCCGGUAUGUACAAAAAAGGCUCUUAGCCCUCGGGAUAAUCAAUCCUUAAAGUGUUCCGGAGCAUCCUCCAGCCUGGUCGUCAAAUACGCCGACACGGAGAAGGAGCGACAAAUAAGGCGCAUGCAGCAAAUGGCCGGUCACAUGAACCUGCUGAAUCCAUUUGUCUUUAAUCAGUUCAGUCCGUACGGCGCCUACGCUCAGCUCCCCUCUCCCCCGGAAUUGCAGCAGCAGCAGCAGGCCGCCUUGAUGGCCGCCGCUGCCACGGCGCCCGGAUCCGCGGCCGCCUACAUGAACCCCAUGGCGGCCCUGGCAACGCAGAUACCUCAUGGCCUCAACGGCACCGGUCAGCCCCCCUCGCUGCCCUCGCCGACCAUGCCCAACUUCAACAUGGGCGCCAACACGCCCAACGGACAGCCCGGCGGAGCGGCAGCGGCUGCAGCUGCGGCGGCCGCUGCGGACGGCGUCUUUACGAACGGCAUUCCACAAACGGCAUUCCCAGGACCCACUGAACUAUUUCUUGCAGAUCCACUGCACUUGACUAUACCGCCACAAGGUUUGCCAAACGGCGAUGCUGCUACCCUGCAACAUGCCUUCCCUGGUCUGCCACCGUUUCCAGGAGUUGCCUUUCCCGCCGUCUAUGGACAGUUUCCACAAGCUUUACCACCUCCCCUAGCGGCGGUUGCACCCACUCAGCGUGAAGAUUUUCUGAUGUUCCCAGGAUGUUCGAUAUCCGGACCCGAGGGCUGCAAUCUCUUCAUCUACCAUUUGCCCCAAGAGUUUGGCGACGCCGAGUUAAUGCAAAUGUUCCUGCCCUUUGGCAAUGUGAUCAGCUCCAAGGUCUUCAUCGAUCGUGCUACAAACCAGAGCAAAUGUUUCGGUUUUGUUUCAUUCGAUAAUCCCGCCAGCGCUCAAGCGGCCAUUCAGGCCAUGAAUGGCUUCCAGAUUGGCAUGAAAAGACUGAAAGUUCAAUUGAAGCGGCCAAAGGAUGCCAGUCGACCCUAUUAACAAUCGGAGUUCCUUAAACGCAAUUCACAACAACCAACUGGAGCAACAACAUCAGCAACAGCAGCUUUGCCAACAACUACAGCAUUUUCCGCAGCCACGCCCACAUCAGCGGUAACCUCCGCAUCAGCGACAGCAACAACAACGGCCCACUAUAAUAACCUUGGCAGCAGCUUUAGGCCAACUCUACCCACUGAAAGCUCCACCCACAAUGCCCACAUGCCCUACACAUUUGCCAGCUGGCGCAGCGGUACCUACUGCUAUCGCAACAACAACAACAAUAAUAACGACAACUGCAGCGACAACAACAACAUCAACAAAAGCGAUCCCGAGUCUCAGUCCCAAAACGAUCAACCACCCAAUACCAAUUGCUCCAAAGUGGAACUGGUCGAGAGACUUUUCAUGUGGCAACAGCAAAAGCGAAAGGCCUGAUUGCAACAUCAACGGCAACCACAACAGCAACCAUAACAACUGCAGCUACAAUAAGGAGCAACUAUUGAUGGGAUGGUCGUCAGCCAUGCUAUGUGAAAACGAUUAUAGAAAUUAAAUACAUGCAAAGUGUAU